AUGACACCACUUCUUUCCAUUCGCCCAAGACAAAAGAAAAAGAAACUUUCUUUUUUCGGAGGAGCCUUUGCUUUUUCUCUCAAGACUACGCUUUCAUCUCUUGAUCGAGGCCGUCUAUUCACUCCAGAAGAUCUUAACCAUUCGUCGCAUACACCAGACUUAAGAAGAUUCCAGAAACUUUCUCUUAAAGCCAAAGAAACGCCCUCUUUAAUGCCUAACGGCUAA